AUGUCACCCGUACAGGAUUUUACCGACGCCACUGUGCCGCUGCAGCACAAGGCGGAACAAGGGCAGAAAGCGCCACCGUCAUGGAGCGAUGGCUCAUCUUGUCCGGUGCCCCACGCCAAGUCACAACCUCUUCCUCCUGGUCAUCCACCUGUCCCUGACGCGCCCGCAUCUACCUUGUUUCCACCGACCGGCUCACGUUGCAUCUUUUAUCGAUCACCCGAGGAUCUCGCGCAGACACCGCCACUCUCUCGCUCCACAUCCUCGUCGAUGCUCUCUUCUACAGCUACGCUUCCAUCGCUUCAUGAGCUUGCCGUCACCCACAAUGCUUCGGCACACGAGUUCAACAAAUUGCAGAUCCUCGAUCAGCAAAGGAAAGAGGCCAACAUCAACCCACUUCCUGUCGACCGCGAAGGCCAGCUCGGCCUUGACCCCAGCUGCACCCUUGUUCUUGCAAGUCGCAACAGCCAGCUUGCGCUUGUCCAGAGCUCGCACGUCAGCGCAAUGCUGGAAGCACGUUUCGGAAGGUCAUCACCGCUUUUCAGGUCUCAAGCCGAACAGGCAACGGGCGCGCUUGAAUCUACCAGCAGUGGCCAGAGCGAUACCUCUUCUUCCUCAUCGCCACGAGCGUCCACCUCGUCGAGCCGCCUUCAAGAGGUCGACGGCAAGCACUCGCAAGACGAUGUAGAUUUUCUUUGCAAGUUACUCCACGGUUUCCAGACGACAUCUGAAGCACCGCUGCGCCCUCAUGCUUUCCCCAUCACCUCCAUGUCGACGGCUGGUGACCAAAACUUGCGAUCGCCACUGUACGUGAUUGGUGGAGAGGGAAAAGCAAUUUGGACUAAGGAACUCGAGGUGGCGCUCGAACAGGGCGCUGUCGAUGCCAUUGUGCACUGCCUCAAAGAUGUGCCCACCGCCUUGCCCCAGGGGUUGGAGCUCGCCGCUGUGCUCGAACGCGAAGAUCCACGCGACGCUCUCGUCGUCAAGGCUGGUCUGCCGUACAAGGUCCUUGACGAGCUGCCUGUCGGUUCGGUCAUCGGCACCUCUUCCGUGCGCCGAGUGGCCCAACUGCGACGUAGAUACCCACACCUGGUCUUCAGUGAUGUCCGUGGCAAUAUCAACACGCGCCUCGCCAAGUUGGAUGCACCCAAUGGCCCCUACACAGCUCUGAUCCUCGCUGCCGCUGGUCUGGUUCGACUCAACAUGCAUGCGCGCAUUACAGCAUUUCUCAGCUCGCCAGUGUUGCUGCACUCGGUUGGACAAGGCUCUUUGGCGAUUGAGGUGCGUACACCUCCCGAGGGUGCGGAUCCCACCACCAACAGGGAUGCACGUAUCCGUGAGCUCAUUCGCUCUAUUGGUGAUUGGCGUGCUACUUUCCGUGCUGAAGCCGAACGCUCUUUGCUCAAAGAACUCGAGGGUGGCUGCUCGAUUCCAGUUGGUGUCGAGACCCGCUUCGAUGACCAUGAUCAGGUCGAGGGUCAACGCAGCGAGGCGAUCGCGCUCGUCGACGAUUUCGUGACUCAGGGCAAUGCUGGUGCCAAAGCCGAGUUGCCGAACGGAGGUAUGCCGUUAAUCAGGGAAGGCCAUACCAUCCCGGCUUGCCAACUCUCAGAUGCUACUGAGGCAUCUUCGUCGACCCCUCAGCGUCCGCCACUCGAGUCUCUCACCACGGGCGUCGAGGAGAUGGAAGCUGCCAAAGCACAGUCCAAACGUACCGCGCCUUCAACAAAUGCACAGACUAUUGCCGAAAGGAUUGUUUCCACUUCGUACAGCAUCGUCGACCGCUCAACGCCUGCACCAGAAGGACGCACUUUACACCUUGAUGCCAUUGUCGUUUCGCUCGACGGCAGCCAAGAGUCGCGCUACUCUGCAUCCAAACAUUGCACUACUGUCAAAGAUGCACGCGAGCUCGGCAUUCACGUCGCUCAUGAGCUUGCCCACAAGAAGGGAGCACGCGCUAUCCUUGAAGAGGUCGAACGACAUCGCAAGAUGGCCGAAGAAGCAGACCGACGCCGUCGCGAGGAUGCUAGGAAGCGCAAAGCGAUGGGCUUGCCCGGUGGCGAAAUCAACACGAUUGCUGUCACCAACGGUGUUGCCUCGGUUGCCGAGCAUGGCGAUCUCAAUGCACUCAAAAAGUCCAGGGACGGUUGGAUGCGUGGACAGGCCGAGAUCAGCCUCAGCACGGAAUUGGAAAAGUUGAGGCAUGUGUAUGCCACCGGUACAGGUGGUCCCGCCGAUGCAGCGUGUGAUCCUUUGGAGAUGGAUCGCAGAGGUGUUCCACGUGAUGAUGGUCAGCCCAAGGCGUGGGAAGUUUAG